AUGGCCGCCUCGUCGUCCGACUCGUCGCUGCUGGGCAUUGCGAUCAUGAUUGACGAGCUGAAGGCGCCUGAUACGACGCUGCGUGUGGCAGCGAUUAAGCGGCUGUCGAUCAUUGCCGACGCUCUGGGCGUGGAGCGGACGCGGCUCGAGCUGCUGCCGUUUCUGACAGAAUCGAUUGACGACGAGGAUGAGGUGCUUCUUGCGCUUGUGCAGGAGCUGGGCAAGUUUGUGGACUACGUGGGCGGGCCUGAGCACGCGCACACGCUCCUGCCUCCGCUCGAGGUGCUUGCCACUGUGGAGGAGACUGUUGUGCGUGACGCGGCUGUGGCGUCGCUCUGCGACGUGGCGUCUGUGCUUCCGCUGGACGACAUGGUGGCCAAGAUGUUCCCGCUGAUCAAGCGGCUGGGGACUGGUGACUGGUUCACGUCGCGGACGUCUGCGUGCGGGCUGUUUGCGGUGGCGUACCCGUCGCUUCCCGGUGAGCACCAGGCGGAGCUGCGUGCGCUGUUCAACCAGCUGUGCCACGACGACACGCCGAUGGUGCGGCGGGCGGCAUCGGCGAACCUUGGCAAGUUUGCCAAGACGCAGGACAAGGAGACGGCCAAGGCGGAGAUGACGCCGAUGUUUGUCUCGCUGGCUCAGGACGAGCAGGACUCUGUGCGGCUGCUUGCGGUGGAGAACUGCGUGGCGCUCGGCUCGAUGUUUAAUGUGGAGGAGAACCAGACGUUCAUUCUGCAGACUGUGCGCAACUGCGCUCAGGACAAGUCGUGGCGUGUCCGUUACAUGGUUGCGGAGCAGUUUACGGCGCUGGCGGACGCGCUCGGCCCGGAGAUCACGCGGUCUGAGCUCAUUCCGGCGUUUGUGCGGCUCCUGCGUGACACUGAGGCCGAGGUCCGGACAGUGGCUGCGUUCAAGGUCACGCCGUUCUCGGCUCUCAUUCCGCUGGACCAGGUGCUGAAGAAGAUUCUGCCGUGCAUCAAGGACUUUGUGGUGGACACCUCGCAGCACGUCCGGGCCUCGCUCGCGUCGGGCAUCAUGGGCAUGGCCCCCGUGUUUGGCCGCAACCACACGAUCGAGCACCUGCUCCCCAUCUACCUCCAGCUGCUCAAGGACGAGUUCUCGGAGGUCCGCCUCAACAUCAUCUCCAAGCUCAAUGACGUCAACAACGUCAUCGGCAUCGACCUCCUUUCGCAGUCGCUCCUGCCGGCAGUCAUGGAGCUCGCCGAGGACUCGCAGUGGCGCGUCCGGCUCGCCAUCAUCGAGCUCAUCCCACUCCUUGCCGAGCAGCUCGGCAUCGCCAUCUUUGACGAGAAGCUUGGCAACCUGUGCCUUACCUGGCUCGGCGAUUCGGUCUUUUCUAUCCGUGAGGCGGCGACCAAGAACCUGCGCGCCCUCAUCAACGUCUUUGGCGUCGAGUGGGCCGCGGGCAACAUCAUUCCCAAGGUCCUCUCCAUGUACACCCAUCCCAACUAUCUUUACCGCAUGACCACCCUCAUGUGCAUCGCUGAGCUCUCCGGCGUCGUCGGCGAGGAUCUUCUUCUCAACCAGAUGCUCCCGCUCACCCUCCGCCUCGCCGUCGACCCGGUCCCCAACAUUCGCUUCAACGUCGCUCGUGCCUUUGAGACCAUCAUCAAGUCGCUCCCGGCCGAGGUUGUCCAGGGGGAGGUCAAGCCGUGCCUGGUCAAGCUGACUGAGGACACCGACAAGGACGUCAAGUUCUUUGCCCAGGCUGCGCUUGCCCGCUGCUAAGUAUGCGACUUGCCGGUAGGUCUCUGACCCCGCUCACCCACCUCCUGGCCCGUCCCGUCUCAUUCGCUUUCCUCCUCUCUUCCUCUGGCUCUUGUUCUCUGCUGCCCCCCCCCCCC